CGCGCCAGUGCAAGUCGGUUCACCUAGCAACAAUGGCGAAUUGCACGAUUUUUCGGUGAAGUCUAGUAAAUACUUUCACGACGUGCUGAAUGUUUGGAUUAUUUUAUGCGCGUUCAAGAUGGGACUGUUACCACUCGAGUUUACGGACUGUUUGACAGACAGCCCGUACUUCCGUGACAACCUACACGCUCACGAAUGUGAACUCGAUCGGACGAGUCAAGCGAUCAAAGGCAUCAUCAAAGAGGUCAAGGAUCUGUUAGUUGCCGCAAAGAGCCUCUCUCGGGCUCAAAGAAGCCUUGCCAACACGUUUAUGAACUUUAGGUUGGAGUGUAUCGGAAAUAGUCAGACGGACGACGAAAUCGUAAUCGCUGGUUCGUUGAAAGAAUUUGGUCGUUUGUUGAAUUCCAUCGAAGAUGAGAGAGACCGCAUGCUGGAAAAUGCGCACGAGCUGUUCAUUGCACCCAUUGAGAAGUUCCGAAAAGAUCACAUCGGAGAGGCCAAGGAGAGGAAGAAGAAGUUUGACAAAGAAACUGCAAAGUAUUGCCAAUCACUGGACCGUUACUUGAACUUAUCGACGAAAAAAGGCGAUGUCCAAUUGAAAGAAGCGUUUGCUGUGUUCGAGCUGGAAAAGAGGCAUUUCUUCAAGGCGUCACUAGAAUACGUCUUACUACUCCAGAAAGUGCAAGAACGAAAAAAGACAGAGUUUGUUGAAACGAUACUAAGGUUUAUGUACGGAUGGCUUACAUUCUACCACCAAGGGCAUGAGGUAGCCAAAGAAUUCAACAGCUUCAAUACCGACCUGCAAGUACGACUCCAGAAGACACGUGAGAACUUUGAAGCCACUCACAGCGAAGCUGAGCAACUGAUGGUGAAAAUGUUGGAGGUGCGUACAACGAAGCCGCAAGAUUCAGGAUCUCUAAACAAAAUGUACACUAGGCAAGGCUAUCUGUUCCUAAUGGAAAAGAAACACCUCACAACAAUAUGGAACAAACACUACUGUCAGUACCAAAAGGAAAGUCGCAAGUUUACCAUGAUUCCCUACAGUCAGACUGUUGGGAAAAUUACUAGCUCCGACACGUUCUCCUUGAAGGAAUGCAUCAGGCGCAUGAACGAUACAAUUGACAAGCGCUUCUGCUUUGACCUGACGGCUCUGGAACGUCCGGCGAUCAUAUACACUUUCCAAGCACUCUGCGACGAAGACUUGAAGCAGUGGCUCAAUGCAAUGGAUGGCAAGGAACCCAGUUCUACACCACCUGGAAGAGUGGCAAAACAAGAUGGAUGUGAGCUGGAUGAAACAGGUUUUGCGUUUAUGAAAAGUUGUAUCGACGCGAUUGAAGCUCGCGGCCUGGAGGAUCAAGGCCUGUAUCGCAUUGUGGGUGUCAGUUCUAAAGUGACCAAGCUCACUCAACUUGCAUUUGACUCGAAAAAAGCCGAGAGCUUAAACCUCCUCGACCCCGACGAAUGGGAAGUGAAGACUAUCACAAGUGCACUCAAGAACUAUUUACGAAACCUGCCAGAGCCCCUGAUGACAUUUCGAUUGCACACCUCUUUUAUUACCGCAGCAAAGCAAGAGAACAAAGUACAGCGUGUGUCCACCAUCGAAGCGUUGGUCGGUCAACUGCCGAAGGAAAACUAUCGCAUGCUGUCCAUAUUAAUACAGCAUUUACAAAGGGUGUCGCAGUACGCCAGCACCAACCUGAUGACAGUAUCAAACCUGGGCGUUUGCUUCGGCCCAACACUCCUCCGUCCGGAAGAAGAAACGGUAGCUGCCAUCAUGGACAUCAAGUUCUGCAACGUCGUCGUGGAGAUCCUCAUAGGAAACUGUGAUAAAAUUUUUAAGAGUGCCCCAAAAAAUGACGUGAGGCACUCGCUGGGAAGCACGGUACCCGAGGACGCCCGUGAUCCCCCGAGGGAGAGGCCAACGAGUCGAGAAUAUGGUUCCCCCGCGUACUACACCCAGUCGCCGACGAACGACUGCCCACCUUCCUACGUGGCUCCUUUAGAUCACAUGCAGCGCACAUACGCACGGUCUUACGCCAUGGACGCGCCUGCUGUGCAGAAGAGGUACGGAAUGCAGCUGGCGCAGUCUUCUCCUCCACCCCCCGUACAGUCGAUGCCAGUCAAGACUGUCCCCAGGAUGGCCCUCGCCAUGUACAACCCGAGUUGGCCAGGAGGUUGCGGUGGCGGGGGCGAUGGUACGCACGUGAAUUCCAACAGCAGCAGCACAGAGUCCUUGAGUUCCAGAUCAAACUCUACGUACAGUCAUCAUUCACCAACCCCAGGUGUCAGGGAGCUUCAUUCUUCACCGUCAGUACUGGAUACGAACAAGUCUAGUCAGUCAUCGAGACCAGUAUCUGUUCACCACAACGGAAAGCGGGUACGAACGCUCUACGCCUGUGUCGGGGAGAACAACUCUGAGCUGUCCUUCGAGCCAAACCAGAUCAUUCACGAUGUUCGGCCUUCGCGAGAGCCUGGUUGGCUAGAAGGACGACUCAACGGCCGCUCCGGCCUCAUUCCAGAAAAUUACGUUGAGUUCCUUCCCGAUGGAUCAUCGCAAUUAUGAGCUCUUCUUCUUUCUCAUUCGUUGUCAUCGACUCAUUCUCUUCACAGCCCGCUGGUCUUCCAUAAUAGCGGCUUCCUGCCACACUCCCCUUCUCAUCUACAAGAGAGAGAGCCCUCGCCGGUUUCUGUACUGUCGACAGUAAAUACGGAUACAACGAUGUCCGCUUAUAGCGUCGCCAAGAGGCAUCGUAAUAUGCGUGUCAACCGCAUUGCACGGACGCCUUUUCGACGAACAAAUUUCAAUAUGUAAAAACGUGUUUGAAUUGAAAUAUGUCCGCUUAUUGUAGUAAGCGGUGACGUGUACAGCGAGUCCGCUUAUAGUGUCACCAGGAGGCACCGCAAUAUGCGUAGCGACCGCAUUGUGUGGGCAUAUUUUCACUGAACAAGCUUGAAUAUGUAAAAAAUGAGGAGCUGUAAGGUGCCCGCUCAUUGUUGUAAGCGGUACCGUUGUAUGCGGACCUCGUUCUGUAACAUCAGAGUGCAAUACAGGGGCAGCCAACGACAGCUGCGAAGUGUUUCGACUAAUAGCUCAAGUGGCCAAAAUUAGGUUAGAAAUAUCUAGGAUAUGUGUGUGUAUGUAAACUGUGCAGACUUGUAUACUCUUGUGAACUUGACAUGUGUUCUUCUGUACAUAACUGUGCAUACGGGAGUGCUCCCCCUGACGUGGGUAUCAUAUCACUGUUAUUUUUUCAGCACCCAUAAUUUUCCAUUUUCUAUACAGAGUAGUUUAUGUUAAGAUGCUCUUUGCGACGUUGCAUUUGUGGAGGGGGAGUCCACUUGUUUGCUAUGCGUUGUUUGAUUAAUUGUGUAGUAUAUGUACUAGUUGAUUUCGACACAGGGUUGAAACUGCUGGAGAAAAUAUUUGUUAAAAGUUGCAUUUCGGUAGAGUCAAGUGCGGUAUACUUGGAAGUUCGUUAUAUCGAAAUUCGUUAUGCAAGCGCAUACGUUAAAUUCAAUGUGCUCCAGCCCACCGUGCAAAUUCUUUAGACAAAUCACAGAUACGCAAUGACUGAAUUCGUCAAAUUCCGGGUUACUCAGUUCGUGAAUUCGAUAGGCCGAACGUAAUAUGCUACAAGAUUUUUGUAAAUCAAACUUGAAAUCUGGUAAUAACAUACCAGGUUCAGAGUUUGAUUUACGGUCUUCUGUUAUUUGAACAGAAGCAAAAUUGGCUCUAGUGGUCAAACACAUAUAAUAGCACACUCAUCAUCUAAAAUUGCAACGCACUCACUACGUGCGAGUGCUUUUAUCGUUUCACAUUUUCCAUAACCUUGCCUCGCUUCAUCGCAAUUGAAUUUCGUAUGAUUGUUUUUGUGUCUGAAGAUCAUAAUAUUAUUCCAAAAAGUAUUUUUAUGCAAUGAAAAAAAAAAGUCUUUUAUUACGAAUGCCCCUUCCGCGCGAUUGUUAUAUUUCGUACGGUGCCUACUGGAGAGAGACAGAGAGCAAUGUGUAGUCUGCAUGUUUUUACAGAGAUAAGAAAAACAAAACUACUUUUAUAAUUGGACACAGAGACAUCUGUGACGUCAGUUGAUGUCGUCCAUGUUUUUGGUGUCGCAGCUAUGUAAAAGAAUUUAUGGAAUAAAUUAUAAUUUAUUCAGA